CCACCUACAUUAUGAGAAAGGAGGUGCAAAGUCGGCAGAAGUCUUGCUAGAAUUACCGGAAACUCGAGUAAAAUUUCAUAAACGAAACUGGAAUCAGUGGAGCACACAAACAAGACCCAAGCAGAUAUAGUCCAACCAAGGAUAAUUAAAAUCUUAAAGAAAAUGGACCCCUUACAACCAUCUCAAUCCCAAAAGGAAUUCCUCUCUGUUGCUGGUUUAAUUGGUUGUUCAAACAUUGUUGAAAUUCAGACAGUGCCUGAGAUAGAAGUCCUUGGGAGCAGUAAGAAUGUCGGAACUCCUAGCCAUGAAAGUAGAUUCCAGUGCAGUGCAUGCGCAAAGGCUUUUAGGUUCGAGAGUCAACUCCUACGACACAAGAAUGCACAUCGUGGCGACAGUCGCAGACCCGUCGUAGAGUUGCUACCACCAUACAUGUAUACCUCCUUAAUCGAUGAGAUUUCUGAAAAUUCAGAGAGGCCAAGAAAGAAAGCUAAGAAGGAAGGGAGCGAUAAUGAGAAAACUGUGGGUUGGAGAUUCAAAAUACUCGGAAGUAGAAGAGACGGGAGAGGAGUAACUGGUGUGAGAGGAAAUCAUCAAGAGGGUCCCAAAUCGGCACCUGGAUGGGGCAGGGAGUCUAACAGUUCAACCGAGGAUCUGACAGCUGGACAUACGGAACGGGACCCAGAAACAUCAGCACCGAAGAGAAAGGUCAAGUCAACCUUAAGGGCCGAAGAUGUCAAUUUGGUUCAAAGUGGGCAACCGAGUAGCGAUGUGUCAGCACCUGAGAUCAGCGCUGCGAAGGACAGCCACUUUCCUUGUGGUCUCUGCCAUGAAAGGUUCUCAAGCAGUGCUAAGCUGAAAAAGCACAUGGUCGUACAUUUGGGCUUCAGUUGUGAUGAAUGUGGCGGGUUGGCAUUUGCAUCCAAUGCUGCACUGAGGAGACAUUUGCUCGUUCAUUCUGAUAAGCCAAAGAAGAGUCGAAAUGCCAAAUCAUCAGCAACAAAAAAGAGUACCAAGUCUCCUUCAUUCCAGAAGCCAAAGAAAGGUCGAGAUGCCAAAUCAUCAGCAACAAAAAAGAGUACCAAGUCUUAUUCAUGCCAGAAGCCAAAGAAGGGUCGAGAUGCCACAUCAUCAGCAACAAAAAAGAGUACCAAGUCCCGUUCAAAAUCCAAGGAUUCAAAAUCUCGACAAAAAGGGCAACCGAGCGCUGUAGCUCCUAAACGUGCAAUAGGUGCGGGAGUGCAAUGGGGUGUUUUUCCGUGUAAUCACUGUGAUAAGGUGUUUUCACGCCCUAAUCAGCUCAAAUUUCAUAUGAUCGUACAUUCAAACGUCAGCUGUGUAUUAUGUGAUGGGUUGACAUUCACAUCAAAUGAAGAAUUUAGAAGGCAUUUGAUUACACACUCUGGCCAGCGGUGGUCCUUGAAACGAGAAAAGGAUGAUUCUAAAUCAUCGACAUCUAAUGGAAACACAGAGUCCCCCAAAAAGUCAGUCAAAAAGCGUGUUCAUUGUAGUGUGUGUAAAAAGUCUUUUGCCCGUCCCUGUUACCUUAGGAAGCACAUGGUUGUGAGUGAUUGUGCAUCCAAGAAGGCUCUGAAGGCUGCCAGACGUAAGAAAUACAGUCGUAAAUCGUCAGGGGCAGAAGGAAAGCACGAUUCCCCCCAAAAGAAAGUCGAAGAGCGUAUUUAUUGUAGUUUGUGUGAUAAAGGGUUCUCUCGUCCACGGCGCCUUUGGAAACAUAUGGUUGUACAUGGCUAUGUAUCAGAUGAGCCUGCAAAGACUCUGAGCGGUAUGGAAAUGGGCCCUAGGUCAGAAAGCGUUAAUUCCCCAACAUCUAAAGAACACAAGUCUGUGAAAAGUGGGCAAGCUAAAAGAAGCAACAAGCCCUCAACAUCCAACAAACCACUGCCUGUACCAAGUAGACAACCUCAAGGAAGAACUAAGUCCUCAACAUCCAAAGAACUGAUGCCUGCGCGAAGUUGGCAAGCUAAGAAGAGCAACAAGCCCUCGGGUGCCAAAGGACGAAUGCCUGUACGAAGUGGGCAAAUCAAUAUCAGUGCUUCAGGACCUGCGGGAAGGGCCGUUGAGGACAAGCCCUUCCCUUGUCUCAUGUGUCAUAAGAAGUUCUCAAAGCUAUCACAGCUCAGGAUCCACAAGGCCUCUGUGCAUUCAGACUACAACUGUGACCGAUGCGACGGGUUGUCAUUCCCUUCCAGAGAGCAGUUGAGUAGCCAUUUGCUUACACAUGCCAUGCAGUUGAAAUGCCCCCUGUGCGACGCCAUGUAUGCCUCUGAAAACAGCUUGUUGGAGCACAUUGCAACUCACUCCGAUCCCGUCCUAAUCAUAUGUGAGAUAUGUUCAUCUACCUUUCACUCGCUCAAGUCCUUGAAAAUGCACCAAAUUAUGGAUCACUCUCAAUCGAUAUUGACAAAUAACAUUGAAACUCAGGAAAAGGAGAAGAGAGAAGUUGUUAAAAAGAAAAGGAAGAAGCAAAGGAAAAAGGAAAACCGAACUGUACUUGAAAAAAUACCAGGUUAUUAGGUUCACAUCAGGGAUUGGGUGAGGCAAAGUCUCACUGCAAGCGUUUCCUUUUUUUUUAAAUUUCUUCCCCUUGGGCCUAACAACAUGGUCAGGGGUCUUUUACCAGGUCCGCCCUUUAAAGCUCUUUGGAAUAUGAUCGAAGUGAUAAACUGCAGCAUGAUUUUUUCUUUCUUUUCAAAACUUGUCAGUGAAUAGUAAAUGUGCACAACAAAGAGUCAGAGGUCUGAAGUAUAUUCACUUAACUCUGUGUUAUAAGAUACAGAAAUGUGAAGUCUUAUAUUCAAUUUAAUAUGCAAUUUAUUUUUUAACUGCAGCAGUUUACCAUGCUAUAAUCCAUAAAAGCUACCUCUAAAAACUGGAAUCUGCUUUCUAUGGGCUAACGAAUAAAGAUUAUGAAGAAAUUAAAGAAUUGAAUAAAACUGCUGAAGUGGAACCCAAGUCUGACUUGAGUUUUGCAUGUGCCCUUUUUUAUGCGCACAGCCGCACACAUACUUCAUACCUGCCAACAUUUGAAAAUAAAAAUUAGGAAUUUUUAGCACGGUAUGCCUCCAAAAAUAAGAAUAAGAAUGGCAAUACGUGGUAAAUCUGUACCAAAAAGCGAAUACAAAUUUUCUGCUUAUUCAUCCAGCCAUUCAACGAACGCAAUACGCUCACUCUCACAUCGCGGCAGAUGAUAAAACAAAUAUUGAAAAAUUGAAAUAUUCUGAAUUUUCAGGUCUUAAAAAUCCAUUAAUUAAAAUAUUCUGGAUUUUUCGUAAGGGUUGGCAGGAAUGAUACGUGUGUGUUGAGUAGUCUACCAUUACUUACAAGUCACUUUUAUGUUAGUUUUGAAAGUACAUGUAUAUCAAAAAUUGCAAAAUCUCUUUACAGAUCAAAUAUUUGAAGCCCAUAUUUUGAAUAAACAUGUACAUGUAGUGGACAUACAAAACAAUAUUUUCAUGGCUAUUGGUUUCCUAAACUGAAUUUUUGUUUGUAAAUAUUUUAGUAUAUAUAUAUUGCUUAUGUUCUACUCAUAUGGACGAGUGCUGUUUACAGUUGAAACCCCAAUAAUUAUAAUUUAUAAAUUAAAGAAUCUACCUUUCAUUUUGAAAA